UAUUCGUUGUUUUAUUAUCGAAAAUACUUAUUCCUACAGAAAACACCACCACCUAAUCGAGGGGAGCAUAAUCACCCAGACCAGACGACGGAGUGUCCAUUCAACCAGCACCAACCCAGCAAUCAGUCGUGCUUUCGAUUUCGUUCGGUUCGGUUUAGAAAAACAGUGUUCUCAGUGGGACGUGACGUGACCCUCCUCACUGUGAGUUAAGUUGAUCACUUCGGGCCGCCCUCUCCCGCGCUCCUCCCGUCUUCCCGACAUCAAUAAGGACAUCACUCUUACCCAGGAGGCUCAUAGAGUCUGAGCCACCCACUCCAGAGCGUCUCGGUGCUUAGUCCUUGUUAAGACGGUGACUGAGAAACAUACCCCAGCAGAGUCGUUCCGAAGGAUUCUUUCAAGCAAAUUCACAAAGUCAUUUGGAGCCCGUGUGUGUAACCUUGAGGCAGAAUACGGAUUGGAAUUUAAUUCUAGCUUUUAAGGCUCUCCGCUUUUAUCAGCGCAGUGUGUGAUAUCGUAGACAAAAGUGUUGUAAUCUCAUUAUCUAAACCGUAAUUCAGAGUCAAAUUAACUCAGUCAUUGUCAAGAGGUGUCGUCGAGUGGUUUGAGGGAAACAAACCAAAGUUUAUCAUCCGCGCCAAUCUGCCGAAUGUAUUGGUGACCCCCUUCUAAUCACAUCUUCGUGAAAGGGGACAAGGCACGAGCGCACCGAGUCAAUCGAGUAUAGUGAUAACCCCAACAUCCGAGUCUUUGGGGUGAAACAAACGAAGAAAAAAAACACCAACAAUUCGCACACCGCACUCAGCAAGUUUGGAAAGUUUGGCCGAAAAAUGUCAUCCAACAAUGCCGACUUGCUACUGGAGGAUGGGGCCUUUGCUUCUAGCAAAAAUAGUUGGAACCGUUACUACCAUAACAGUGUUGUUCAACCGCUACUAACAGAUCUCUACCAAAUCACGAUGGCCUACGCGUACUGGAAGUCCGGGAAAAUCGAAGAUCACGCCGUGUUCGAUUUGUUCUUCCGCACCAAUCCAUUCCAGGGCGAGUUCACAAUUUUUGCCGGACUCGAGGAAUGUUUGAAAUUUAUGGAAAGCUUUCACUAUUCCGAAACAGAUAUUGAGUAUCUGAAACACGCUCUCCCAAAUGGUAUUGAGGAAGAAUUUUUCGAGUAUCUCAGUCAGCUGACAGCAAAAGAUGUCACCCUCUAUGCAAUCGAGGAAGGAUCAGUGGCUUUUCCCAGAGUUCCCCUGAUAAAAGUGAUGGGGCCACUAAUCAUUGUACAGCUGCUGGAAACUACCCUUCUAACAUUGGUGAAUUACGCCAGUUUGAUGGCCACAAAUGCCGCACGGUAUCGGAUGGUUGCUGGGCGACACAUCGAGCUGCUGGAAUUUGGACUGCGUCGGGCUCAAGGUCCCGAUGGAGGUCUCUCGGCAUCGAAGUAUUCCUAUAUUGGCGGAUUUGACGGCACAUCCAAUGUCCUGGCGGGAAAACUUUUCAACAUUCCAGUGAAGGGAACUCACGCACACGCUUACAUUACUUCGUUUACCGGAAUACAGGAGCUGAAGACGCGUGUCUUGGAGCACAAAGAAACCGGCGACAAAAGGGAUCUGCUAGAGCUGGCCAUCCAGCAUCGGAGCCAGCUGUCCAAGAUCCUGGACAUCUCGACGGACGAAUCAAGCGAGGGCGAGCUAGCGGCCAUGGUGUCGUUUGCCAUUGCUUUCCCCGGCGGCUUCAUGGCCCUGGUCGAUACGUACGAUGUCAAGAGCGAAAAGAAAGACACAAAAAGUACGCUCCUUGGAGACUCCGGUUGCUUGCUAGAGACUUCCUCCACCUGUGGCGACAGUUGCUAUUUCCUGUCCGGAGACUUUAAUCAUCCGUUUCGACCGACGACGCAGGACUCGUUCGAAGAUAACGACGGCGACGACGAAAAAGACGACGACGACGACGAUAACGACUUCGACAUCGACCGGGAAGAUCCGGAAGAUGCCGCCCCACAGGAUUCGAAUGACGAUCCGACGAGCGACGACAGACAGAACCUAGGUUUGGUGCAAGAACCGGAUGACGAAGACGACCGCGACCCGGACGAUUCCUCCAACUGUUUCUAUUGUCGCGAUCGUGUGGCUCACGAGAGCUUCGUUUACGAUAACGGUAACUUGCUGCCGGGUAUCGAAGAUUUUGCCAACGAAACUAAUGAUGGUCCUACCACUACUACUAACGAUGAUGAUAGUGUCCCCGUGUUGGCAGCCAUCGACGGCGAAAGGACCGAAGAUCAGCAGCAGCAGCAACAGGAGGGAGUUAAUGCAUGCAGCAACGGAACUUGCGGUGAUCCUGCGGUAGAGGAUCUCAACUUUGAGAAUGGAAACGAGCAACCGACGCUGGAGAUGGGCGAAGAUGUUAUGGUAGUUGUUGAGGAAGCGGACGACAUUGAGAGACCGCGAUGCGCCAAGUGCGAGGCAGAGAUGCGGAAUGCCAAAGCUUGCGUCAUUGGGCACCUGAAAACCGUCGGGAAGUGCUUCAGGAGCGGCUUGUUGAACUUCUGUGCGGUGGCAUUGGCGCUGCACGAUCAAGGAUACAUGGCCAAGGGAAUCCGCAUAGAUUCAGGCGAUCUGGCUUAUCUGAGCUGCUUGGCACGGGAGACCUUCGAAAGGAUAGCCGAACGUUUCAAGCUGCCCUGGUUCAGUCGGCUGACGAUUGUGGCUUCUAACGAUAUCAACGAGGAAACGAUUCUCAGUUUGAAUGAGCAGGGUCACAAAAUCGAUUGCUUUGGAAUUGGCACUCAUUUGGUAACAUGUCAGAGGCAGCCGGCCCUCGGGUGUGUCUACAAAAUGGUCGAAAUCAACACCCAGCCGCGGAUAAAGUUGAGCCAGGACGUGGCCAAGGUAACGAUGCCGGGCAACAAGAACGUCUUCCGGCUGUACGGAGCCGAUGGGCACGCACUGAUCGAUCUUCUCCAAAGGGUGGAGGAAAAUCCUCCGGAGGUCGGCCAGAAGGUGCUCUGUCGGCACCCAUUCCAGGAGUCGAAGCGGGCCUACGUCAUUCCGACCAAUGUCGAGGCCCUUUACAAGGUGUACUGGGCAGAUGGACGGGUGACGCAGGCGAUGCCGUCCCUGAAUGAGGUGCGCACCCGGGUGCAGGAAUCGCUCAAGACGCUACGCCAGGAUCACAAGCGGACCCUUAACCCGACGCCCUAUAAGGUUGCUGUCAGUGAUAAUUUGUACAACUUCAUCCACGAUCUCUGGCUGCAGAAUGCUCCGAUCGGUGAGCUUUCGUGAUAAGUUCAACGGCGUGUGCCGGACGGCAGCGAUUUGCGUCCUGCCUUACCCGUCAUUUUUAAUCCAAAACACCUCCCACGCGUGUGGAAGGAUUCUAAUUGUUACGUGUCCCUCACCGAAGUGUGUGUGUGAUCAAACAUUUAUUGGUAAAAAUAAGCGAAACUAAUAGCUCCUUUGUCUUUGUUAAAUAUCUGGAUGGGAUCUUAAAAAAAUACCGAAAGGGUCACCUGAAACCUACUUAAAGUUGUUAAAACUAAUUGUUAUUCCAUACACAGAGUUAGUGCUUUAGAGAACGAAAGAGGAGAAGAAACGAGCAUAUGUAUAGAGAUGCAAUUUGAAAAGGCUAAGACUAAGGUUGGAGCUACUUAUGAAAAAGUUAAGCGGCGUGGUUUAUUUGGAAAAUAUGACUCGAAAAAUGUGGUUCAGAAUGUUUCGUCAAUAAAAAGGAAACCGAAACGAUAUGGACAGAUUUAGAGCAUUCCGAAGCAAAUGUGAACCAUUCUGUUAAAAUAUUUUGAUAUACCUACUUUCACACAAAUCUACCAUAGUCAGAUAUAAAGUACAAGUUACGUAAAAUAUUAGCGUGUUAAUGCUGGACGUUGCCUUGCUCAAAAGUUUGGCGCAUGCAAAUUCGUAUAGGGCGCAAACUAAUUGCACAGUCACGUAGAACUUUUUCAACGUAAACUCCAGAAUUGCACCUCGUAUGUUAAAAAAUCUGUUGUUCAAAUAUCUAUUCACUCAAAAGUUUUAUUUAGUUUUAUUCAAAUCAAUCCUAUUUAUUGAAGAAAAAUCCAACCGUAAAAUCUAAUAAAAAAAAUUACAAGAACAACCAUAAAAUCCCACACCAAAUCUAUUGGAGUUUAUUGUGUGCCUUAAACAGGUGUUUACUUGGAAACAUACAAAUAAAAUUACACACAAAUAGUGUUUACCUCACAACCAAACAAACAACAAUUCGUUCUAUAAUUACCUACAGUUGAAACUAUUCUCAUAAUCUGAAACUGCAAUUUUUGCAGUUUAACUAAACUUCUAGAAGGAAUCACUUUUUUAGAACUGCUAUAGUUGAUGGCACAAGGACAAAAAUAGUAAGUAGAAGUCAACCACAUAGGAAUUCUCGCAAUAUUUGAAAAAGGACGACGAGUUAUUGAGAAAAUGGUUUCCAAAUUGGGGGACAAAAUUUGAUUACGUAGAUAGAUACAGCUGCCCACGGUCUUAACGAAAGGAAAAGAAAUGGUAACAGUUUUUCACCAAACAUAGAAGGGAAUCUUAUAAACCAGAUAAUUAUAUACCUACUCACAUAGCUUUGAAUAGAUGAAUAAAUGUGGAUGGCUUAA